AUGGCUUCUUUUUCUUCUUCCGCUUCUACUACUCCUUGGAUGUAUGAUGUUUUCUUGAGUUUUAGUGGAGAGACACGAAAAUCUUUUACUGAUCAUCUCUAUGAAGAUUUAUGUAAGGCUGGAGUUAACACCUUUCAAGACAAUAAAGAAAUUCGAAAAGGUGAGAACAUCUCUGAUGAGCUAUUGAAAGCUAUCGAGGGGUCCAAGAUAUCCAUCAUCGUAUUUUCCAAAACUUAUGCCCAAUCUAGAUGGUGCCUUGAUGAACUGGUGAAGAUUCUAGAUUGUAAGAAAAAUUUUCAACAGAUGGUUAUACCUAUAUUCUACAACGUUGAUCCUUCAGAGGUUCGUAAACAAAUAGGCGAAUUUGGCAAGGCAUUGGCUCAACAUCGACAACGAUUUGAUGAUCAAAAAGUUUAUGAAUGGAAAGUUGCACUCACUACUGUUGCUGAUUUGUCCGGAUGGGAUUUGCAAACCAUGACAAACGGGUAUGAAUCAAAGUUCAUCAAAAAAAUUACUGAAGAGGUACUACGGGAAGUGAAUCGAACAAGCAUGAAUGUUGCAAAGUAUCCUAUUGGAAUUGAAUUUCGUGUUAGAGAUAUAUUUCAUUUAUUGCAAACUCAAAGAAAUGAUUGUGCCAAGAUGUUUGGAAUUUUUGGCAUGGGUGGCGUCGGAAAAACAACCCUUGCUAAAGCCAUUUACAACUUGAGUUUUCAAAAGUUUGAAGGUUGUUGCUUUAUUGCAAACAUUAGAUCACAAGUUUCUAAAGGGUACAAUGGAUUAGUUCGUUUACAAGAGAAACUUCUUCGCAAAACACUCAACAGAAAGAAACUAAAAAUAGAUAAUGUUGAUGAAGGAAUAAGUUUGAUUAAAGAAAGACUGCGAUCAAAAAGUGUUCUUAUUGUUCUUGAUGACAUAGACGAUACUAGUCAAUUAGAAUCAUUAGCAGGACAACGGAAUUGGUUUGGUUCAGGGAGCACAAUUAUCAUAACAACUAGAGAUGUUCAGUUGUUGAGUGACCUAGAAGCACAUGAGAAGUACAUGGUAGAAACGUUAAGCCCUGAUGAAUCCUUGCAACUCUUGAGUUGGCAUGCUUUUGGAGUUCCUAUACCAUUAGAGGAGUAUACUGAACUAUCUCAAAGGAUAGCAUGUUAUACUGCUGGACUUCCAUUAGCACUUACAAUUAUAGGUUCUCAUUUGCGUGAAAGAUCCGUGCAAGAGUGGAGUGAUAAUGCUGAGAAAUUAAGAAGAACGCCUCAUGAUAAAGUUCAAAAGAUUCUUAAAAUAAGCUAUGAUGCACUCGAUGAUGAUACUAAGAACAUCUUUCUCGAUAUUGCAUUUUUUUUCAUUGGGCAUAACAAAAACAACACUUCUAUAAUAUUGGAAGCUUGUGGUUUUUAUGCUGAAAUUGGAAUUAAAACUUUGAUAGAAAGAUGCUUGUUGACAAUAGAUGGAUGUGGAGAGUUCGAAAGGCUUCAAAUGCAUGAUUUAAUACGAGAUAUGGGAAGAGAAAUUGUUGAAAAGGAAUCUCCACGAGCGCCCGGCAAACAAAGUAGAUUGCUUGACCCAAAGGAUGUGUUUGAUGUUCUUCAUGGGAAUAAGGGCAGAAAAGCAAUUGAAGGGAUGAUUGUAAAUUCUAACAUGUUAAAGAAUGUGCCUUUGAAUACUCGAGUAUUCAAAAGAAUGGUAAAUUUACGAAUACUCAUAUUGGAUGGUAUAUGCCUCAACGGAUCUUUUAAAUAUUUAUCCAAUGAGCUUCGGUUGUUUAGAUUACACAAUUGCCAUUUGAGUUUCAUACCAUCUAAUUUUCGAUGUGAGAAACUUGUUGAGUUAGACAUGCAAGGUAGCAAUAUCAAAGAAUUCCAAUGCAAUAUGCAGCAUUUUAGAUGCUUGAGGAUCUUAAACCUUAAUCAUUGUGAACAACUUAAGAAAACACCAAAUUUCACUGGGGCACAUACUCUUCAAAAAGUAUCCUUUGAUAGGUGUUUAAAUUUGGCCAUGAUACACCCAUCAAUUGGAAGUUUGGAGAGACUUGUUGAGUUAGAUUUCUUUUAUUGCAAGAAACUUAAGGUUCUUCCAAGUAGCAUUUGCAAUUUAAAAUCACUUGAAGUUUUAAAUUUAAAUUAUUGCGAAAAACUAAGGGAGCUUCCAAUUGACUUGGGAAAAUUAAAGCAACUAAGAAAUUUAUUUGCUUGUAGUACUGCCAUCUCACAUAUACCAUUUUCUUUGGGAUGUUUAAGAAAUCUAAGAGAACUGCGUCUAGGGGACUACAUGAGUUCUGUACUGUCAAGAAGAAGUCAUGAAGGUGUUGGAUUUUUUCCACCUUCACUUGCAAAUUUGUGCUCCUUGGUAGUUAUUGAGAAUUUGACUUCAUUGGUAUCUAUAGAUUUAUCAGGAAGAAGUUAUCUUCAAAGCUUACCCUUCCGCCUUUGUCAUCUUUCAAACUUGGAAUUUCUCAACUUGAAAGAUUUGCAAAAUCUUAGAGUACUUGUAGAACUUCCUCCUACUUUGAUGAAACUCCAAGCAACAAAUUGUGUCUCAUUGGAAAAAAUAGCAGUUGUAUCAAACUUGAAGAAACUUGAAGUGUUGCGUCUUGAAAACUGUGAAAGUUUGGUUGAGCUUCCAAACAUGGAGAGUCUUCCAUCCUUAAUAGAGCUUGACAUAAGGAAUUGCAAUGCUUUGACUAUUCGUGACAACUAUUUGCAUGAAGAUGAUCUUCCAAUUGCUCUUUGGAGUUUGUCCUUAUUGAAAGAAAUAGAUUUAAUGGGAAGAUAUUAUCUUCAAAGUUUACCAUUAAGCCUUUGCCAUCAGUAUUCCAAUUUGAAGCAUCUCUUCUUGGACAAUUGGCAGAAUCUUAGAUCACUUCCACAACUUCCUCCUAAUUUGGAGUCACUCUCGGCAAUGAAUUGUGUCUGUUUAGAAAAGAUAGCAGAUCUAUCCAACUUGAAAAGACUCAUAAGGCUAAAUAUUCUGAACUGCAAAAGAUUGGUUAAGCUUUCAGGCUUGGAGAGUCUUGAAUCCUUAGUUUCUCUUGGGAUAGCAAAUUGCAGUCGUUUGAGGAUUCCUCCAAUUGAAAAGUGGUUCAAGGCACGUUCUAAAGGUGAUAGUGUCGAGAUUCUGGUUCAAAUGUGGACGGGAACCUGCUGUUUUCCUUUAACGAAAGCACACUUAGAUAUAAUCAUGCACAAUGUGGUUGAUCCCAGUGAAAUUGAUUAUGGUUGUAAUGGAAUUAGUUUUAGUGUGAGAAGUAAAAGCAGUGGUGCUUGGAUUCUAAGGGAGCACAGUCUGCAAAAAAAUAGUUCUUAUGAGGUUCCAACAAUGAAGGGAGAAGUACUGAAGGUGUAUGUAGAAGACCAUCAUUUUCAGAAGAGAUUUUGUGUAGCUGAAAUACAUAGAAACAGAGAAGGGGAAGUGCGUUUUUUUCCAUCCACAAGGGGAUGGAUUCCUUGUGUCAUGACCCUGGAAGAUGGACAGAGGAAGAGGAAAAGGAAGGUGCAGAUAGGUAGAGAAGGCAGAACUAUCCGGCAGAGGCGAUUAUAACCAGAACGGACGUCCCCGUUUCAGU